AGCAUAAAAAAUGUAGCGCGCGAUACUCUAACCAUAAAGAAAUUUUCAAAAGUUUAAAAACUGGUAUGAAGAUUACUAGGUUAAGGAUAAGUAAACUAUGGAUGACUCAGAUGAAGAAUACCUCUCUCAACCAGUAGAGGAAACGGAAUCUCCAUCUCCAAGACCUUCUUCCAAUGAACCAGAAGGUCUGGAUGAUGAUGAUGAUGGGGUGUCUCGAAGAACUCGUUCCAAAAGAACGGAGAUCAGUGACUUGAAAGGUUCCAAUGGUUAUGCCUGGGAAGAUGAAUAUCAAAGAUCAUGGGAUAUAGUUAAGGAUAACGACAAUGGAGGAUCAUUAGAAUUAGUGAUUCAAACAAUGAUCGAAAAUAGAAAGAAAAAGAUUAUGAAGAAUCCUAGCACACCGUUUCAAAGGGGUAUCAUCAGAACGUUAAUAUUGAUCGUAGAUGGGUCAUUGGCAAUGCUUGAAAAAGAUUUAAGACCAUCCAGAUUUUACAUGACAUUAUCACUUAUACAAGACUUCAUUGUGGAAUUCUUCGAUCAAAAUCCAAUCUCUCAAUUGGGUAUAAUUUUGAUGAGAAAUGGUGUCGCUCAGCUUGUUAGUGAAGUUAAUGGAUCACCACAAUAUCAUCUUGAUAAAAUCAGACAGGUCAAAGCCAGACAGCAUAAUAAAUAUGAACCAAAGGGAGAACCAUCACUUCAAAAUGCGUUAGAGAUGGCUCGAUCGUUGUUGAAGUAUAAUUUUGGAAAUAAUACAAAUAGUACAAAAAACUCGAAGGAAGUUUUAGUCAUCUUUGGAUCUAUCUUUACCAGUGAUCCAGGGGAUAUACAUAGGACCAUCGAGAGUGUAGUUAAAGAUGAAAUCAGGGUAAAAGUUAUUGGUUUGACAGCUCAAGUGGCUAUUUGUCAAGAGUUGGUUAAUAGAACAAAUCACCAACAGAAAAACAUGGUUUCUAAAAACUAUGGUAUUAUUAUGAAUGAAUCACACUUCAAAGAGUUAUUAAUGGAUUGUGUUACGCCGUUACCAAUAACUCAAAAGGAAAAAGAAGUCGAAAAGACAGUAUCUAAAGGAGUUCCAUUGAUUCGUAUGGGAUUCCCUAGCAAGAUUCAACCCAGUUUAACAUCAAGUUUGAAUAAUGCCACAUUCACAAUCGAUUUUCCUCGACUAAGUGCAUCUGAUCCAACACACGGUUCCGAUGACUCUAGACAGGUUGUUGAAGUGAAUAACAAUAAUUCAAAUCCAGUAAGUACAGUAUUAACUAAUGCUGUAGGUUAUCAAUGCCCUCAAUGUAAAAGUAAAGUCACAAAUUUGCCUACAAUUUGUCCAGUUUGUGGCCUAAUGUUGAUCCUUUCUACUCAUUUGGCACGUUCAUAUCAUCAUUUAAUACCAUUAUCACCUUAUAAGGAGGUCCCAGUCAGUUCUACAUAUAAAAGUCUACACUGUUUCGGUUGUUUGUUAAAGUUUCCUAAGGGUGUUUCGUCAAAACUCAAAAAGAAAGAUACUUUAGAGGCAUUAACUAGUUCACGAUAUAGAUGUUUGAAAUGUGAAAAUGAUUUUUGUAUUGAUUGUGACGUCUUCGUUCAUGAGACUCUACAUAAUUGUCCUGGAUGUGAGAACGCAUAGCCUUUUAUUAUACAUAUAUACGAAAGAUUAAGUUUUAUUUACU